AUGAUUGAUGGAUCAAUCAAUUCAAUGGAAGCACAACCUGUUUACUUUGUGGAUCCAGCUGAUGAUAACAUUAAUCAAAUAUUAUUACAAAAAAUAAAACAUGGAAGCUUGCUAAUGCUAAAUGGUCUUAUCCUUCCUUCAAGUCGGUUAUACUUAACAAAAACAAAAAUGCCUUCUGAUUUCGAUAAGCUUUACAAUACAACUAAUGAGAUUUUUCAUAAUAUUAAAAACACUUCUGAUGGUUCCAAUGGUUCUACAAUCUUCUCAAUUGUUGCAAUUGGAUAUUUAUUUGCAAAGGGCAAAGAUAUUACAAUAGACAAAGAGAUAGUUGAAGUCAAGGUACUUGGGAGUGAUAUGAAUAGAACUGCUCUGGACCAUCUUCGAUCUCGAUUUAUGAGGUCUCUUGAUUUUGUGCCAUUAAAUAUGAAUGCUGAGGAAGAUCAAGCAAAUUUUUUGGUGACUGAGGGGAUGUUAAAAAUGGAUAAAAUGAAUGAUAGUCGAUUUAAGAUGUCCUCAGUUUAUAUCGAUGGAAUAAUUAGACAAUAUGUCAUUCCUCCUAGAAAACACAUAUAA